AUUUUAGCCGUUCGUCCAAGAUGUCUUACCAAACCAGAGCGGUCUCUCUACUCGUCCUCGUCCUGAUGGGGUUAUCCUUUUCGGAGGCGAGCCUACGUCGUCGAGCUUUAUCCUCAGAAAGUUCCAAAACCGCGAGUAAAUUUAGCUCCCGAAUCCUUGGAGGAGAAGAGUCCGAUAUCCUGGCAGCACCCUAUCUAGUCUCGCUCCAAAACGCCUAUGGUAACCACUUCUGUGCCGGCGCCAUCAUCCACAAUCAGUUUGUCAUCACCGCGGCCAGUUGCGUGGCUGGACUGCGAAAAAACAACGUGCAGGUGGUGACCACCACCUACAACGACUGGGCAUCGGAAGGCUGGAUAUACUCCGUGGAGGAUAUCAUCUUACACUGCAACUUCGACAAGCCGAUGUACCAUAACGACAUUGCACUGAUCAAGACACAUGCUCUUUUCGAUUACGAUGAUGUGACCCAGAAUAUCACCAUUACUCCGUUGGAGGAUUUGACAGAUGGAGAAAAGCUGACCAUGUACGGAUACGGCAGCACGGAGGUGGGAGGAGACCUCUCGUGGACACUGCGGCAGUUGGAUGUGACCUAUGUCGCCCCGGAGAAGUGCAAUUCCACCUACGGCGGUACUCCAGACCUGGAUGUAGGUCACCUUUGUGCCUUGGGAAAGGUGGGAGCCGGAGCCUGUCAUGGGGACACCGGAGGACCCAUCGUUGACAGUCGUGGUCGCUUGGUGGGCGUCAGUAACUGGGGUGUUCCAUGCGGCUAUGGGUUCCCCGAUGUUUUCGCCCGCAUGAGCUUUUACUACAGCUGGAUUGUAUCCACUAUCAACGGAUGUGCUAUUUCCUAGUUCAAGGAGUUGCAAAAAGUGUUAUCCAAUAUAUUUAUCCCGAAAGACACCGUCAUUCAAUAAAAUACUUUAAAAUUUG